AUGUGGCAGGAGCUUUAUGAGGUGGACAACUGCCACGUGGAGGCUGACAGCUCAGCAGGGAAGCUGGCCGCGCAGGCAUUGGCUGCUGCUGCUGUGGCCCGCGCGUCAGCCGCUGCUGCCAAGUCAGCGUGGGACUUAGUUAAGUAUUAUAGGAGUAAGGUGGGGUUGAUAAUGAUGGAGGAGGAGGGGAGGGAGUGGAGGGAGGGGGGUGGGGGAGGAAGGGGGAGCGGAGGGAAAAAGGGGGAGAAAGGGGGGGUGAAGUACGUACUUGCGCUGCAGGUUAAGCCUAGGAGGGUUAGGAGGACGGCUAGGGAGCUGGGGAAGAUGGGGGAUGGGGCGUGGGAGGAGGAGGACGAGGAGGAAGUGGAGGGGUUGGAAGGGGUGCAGGGGGCGACGCCUAUGGACGAAUCAGGAGCUGCCACGUGGGCAGAGGAGGAGGGGUUUGGGGGAGGGGGAGGGGGGGGGGGAGGGGGGGGAGGGGUUGGGGGGGGAGGGGGGGGAGUAGGGGGAGGGUCAGUCUGGGACGAGGGGGAGGAUGAGGGGGAGGAAGGGGGGGAGUGGCGGAUGGGGAAGAGGUCACGGGGGGAGACGGAGGGCGGGGGAGAGUAUGGGGAAGAGGAGGAGGUGGAGGAGGAGGCGGAGGAAGAGGCGGGGCAGACACUGCGACACAAGUUCACCGUGGGGUCGUUUGUGGAGGUAUGUAGGGGGCAUGAUGCUUUUGAGUCGACUCAAAAGCGUUUGUGGAGGUAUGUAGGGGGCAUGAUCUCACAUUUUGAGAUACGUUUGGUGGCGUCCAACGAGGAGGGCCUGAGGGGCAGCUGGUUCACGGGCACGGUGCUGCAGAUAGUGGGGAACAGGGCUUUGGUGCGAUACGAUGAACUGCUGGAUGAUGAUGGCACCCACCAGUUGGAGGAGUGGGUGGGGCUGGUCCCGCCCUCACCUGCUCCAAAUGAUGCUUCCCGCUUCGUGUCGGGCGUGCCGUCAGCUCCCCAGAGGAAGGGGCAGCAGCCGGAGAGGCGGCUGCGGCCGGGGAGGGAGAGGGGGAGGCGGCGGAGGGUUGCGAUGGGGCGCGUGUGGGCCGUGGGCGACAGGGUCGACGCGUGGGUGGAUGACGGGUGGUGGGAGGGGGUAGUCACAGCAGUGGACGCACAGGGUCCCAAAAUCAGAGGCUUCACUGUGGAGUUUCCAGGGUAUGGGGAGAUGGGGCAGAAGCAGGUGCGGCCGUGGGAAUUACGGCCGUCAAUGGUGUAUGACACGCAGGGCCACCUCUGGCAGCUGGUUAAAGUCAAGGGCGCAUCGCUCGCUGCUGUGGUGGGGGGAGCAGGGGGCGAUGAGGAGGAGGAAGAGGAGGACGUGGAGGUGGAGUAUGUGGGGGAGGAGGCCGGCGCUGCAAUGGAAAUGGUGAGCCUGAUGAACAAGUCGAGGGUUUUAAAAUGGAGAGGCCUCGGAAGAGAGGCCGCCCGCGCUUGCACUGAGUGGGAGCUUUGUGUGAUUGUGGCCUGGCACAACCGUAACUAG